CGCCGUCUCGUCGCCAGUUCGUGGAGCAAGCCUGGCGGCGCCAACCGCGGCUUCGCCAGCAAUGAAGCAAUCCUUUUCUUGCCGCCCCGUUUUCAACGUUUUUGCAUCCUGACACCGUAGCUUCUGGGGAGGUGCGAUGCGGCUUUGAGGACGACUUUCCUUUUGUCGGGACGAACUGCGCCUUACCCUCGUGAGCACUACGUGCUCUGAGUCAGACCGCGCGUUCCUCGUUUUUCGGUUCGCUGCUUGGAAAGUCGCGCAUUGCUGAUUUGUUUUCCCAGUUCACAGUGUCUCUGACACGGGUAGAAUCCUUAUUUUUGAGCUCCCUUUCUUCUAUGGCUGCAGCUUCAGCGGGCUGCUGCGCUGCACGAUUUCUGGGGUUCGGGGGGGUGGCGGAACGGUAGCUCCCCCGAACGUAUGUACACCCCGAAAGAGCGUGCCACGCUAACGCACUCAGCGCGCGUGGACCUCUAUCACUUUUACCACGCUUGUUUCCCCGGAUUUCGUACGCGAAUGGUGUCUCUAGAAUAUGGUGUGCGCUGCCCCGUCCUCCCGCCGCUGUCGCUCCUCUUUCCCGUCCUGGAGUCCCGGAGCCUCUUCGUCCAUGUCAUGCGUUCUGCUGCUGAUUGCCUCUGCCGGUCUUAGCCCCGGGGCAGCCGCCGACGAACACAGCACAACGCAAUGGCGCACAGAAGAGCGUUCAUUGGGGUCGCAGCCGCCUCUGGAAAGCUACUUCGAGGACUCGCAGUUCUCAGAUUCCUCGUUUCUCCACCGCAGACACAGGCGUGCAUCUGAUAGCGAGUUUGACGAUCCCGAUGACUUCCCUCUUCUCGACAAGGAAUCGGGGGGAAAUCUGCAAGCUUCAGAACCCUGGACGACUCCCGGCAAGACGGAUGCUUUUCUCUACUCCUCUGCUUUUCGCUACAAGCGGCUGCGUGUCUCUACCCUCACCCGUGGUCGAGGAAGACUUGCGCAAAUUGCUCGCUUUGUUUUCCUGGCGACUGCCGUCUUGGCAGCUGCGACGCAGUGGAGACUGGCCCGCGGUGCGCAGUGGCGGCGCUUCGUCGCGAAGUUGCCGAAGCUGGAGGAGCCUCUGGGCGAAGAGUUGGCCAAGUUCCGUUCCCGCGCUCUGCUGCAUGCACCCCUGACUGCGCAGGUGGAGCACCUGCACCCGAACAUCAGCGAGCAACUCGCCUCUGCCACAGAUCAGAAGACUCCCGCCAGCGAGAAAGCAAUUGUCACCGCAGAGCCGACGACUUCAGACUCGGAGACACGCAAGCGAGAGACAGACAACGCGAGGGAGCAUGCGGUGGCAGAGUCUUCUGUUUCACGUUCCUCGAGGGUUAGGCAGUUGAUUCUUGAGGGAUUCCACGUUUCUUCGGAGCGGCAAAACGCCCUCUUUAAACCCAAAGGUCUCUUCCAGGACGCAGACGCUCCGCUUCUGUAUAUUUUCUUUCCGGCAUCAAGGGGGUCGCUGAAGAACGUGAUUGAACUCCAGCCGACUUCUGUGCACGUGGCGCAGACAGCUCAGCAGAUGGCGCUUGCCCUGCAGGAACUGCGGGCUUCAGGAGUAAAGGCUCCGGUGUCUCUGGAUCUCUCGAAUUUUGAGGUUGACGACGCAGGCCGCGUUCGCCUGCAUGUGCUCGCGGCAGUGGCUGCUGCUGAGAAGGAGCAGGCGAAAGAGUCAUGGCAGCGCGUCUUCUCUUCGUUUUCGCGAUUCUGGAACGCGGGGAAGCUCAGCGGCACAGCCGAGCCGGCGGGAAGACUCGAGAGCGGCCAGACGGAAGAUUCACACAGAGAGAAGAGCGUUGGAGAGGGCGAGAAGAGAGCCAGAGAAGGCGAGAAGAGAGUCGGAGAAGCGGAAACAAACGGGGGAGACGCGGACGCGAAAAGCGGCGUUGGUGAACAGGAGGAGAAGAACGGGGAGGUAGAAACUUCAAAGUCUGCUGGACUUUUUCCGAAAUGUGCAUCGCGCAUGGAGCAGCGGGACGUUCUCGCUCUGGGGAACGCGUUUGCUGACUUGGCUGCGCUGAUCCGUGGGUCGAGAGAGAAAAACGCAACUCCCCGAGGACUCAUGGGAGCAAUCUCUCUGAGGAUGCUCUGGAAAGUGCUCGACAAAGUGUUUCCGAAGAGUUGGUGGGCCAAGCUGCGUUCAAUCUCCGCAGGAGAACACAGGCAGCAACGCGAGGCAGAGCGCCUGGAGGCUCUAGCGGAGAAGAUCCUCGGUGCAAAUUCGCCGCCGAGCUUGGAUGCUAUCCUUGCAGACGAACUCUUCACCCGCGUCGCCGUAGAUGAGUCCGGAGUUAGUUCUUCCCGAUCCGACAUCGAGGCCAGUUCUCCCAGCCCCCAAAACGGAGAAGAACGGAGUUCACCAGCUGUGCGGGUGGACCUCUUGCCCGGCUCGUCACAGCACGCGUACGAGAAGAACUCACAACCGUGAACAGACUGCGGCUUGGUGGCCGCAGUGCAGAGCAUCAGGAAACUGGGGAUCUUAGCACUUGCAAAGGAAACCGAAGUCGAAGGAGACGGCGCCUGUCUCUGUGAUUCGCCGCGCUCCUUCACGUGGAUCUGGUUUCAGCCGGAGAGACACCCAGGGGUCAGAUCUGUUUCGAGCUGCAUGUUUCUCGUUGCGAGGGACAAGGACGGAAUGCACCAUGGAAACAAGAAAGUGAACAGAAUGCCACGACGUCGCUAUGGAGCUGACAUGGCCCUCGAGCCUUCGUUCUCAAGGGUCGCCGCCAAGGAUUGGUUACCGGAGAGGCAGUCUGUUGUCUGUCGAUGAAGGUAGCAGAGCGAAGGCGGUUGAGCCUUUCUUCCAGUGGCAGGUUGCGGUUCUCCCCUCGGAAACUGGAUGCUGGGAUCCGUACUCGGACAUGUGCGCUCUGUCAGGAACGGUGGACGAAUGCGUAGAUGAGGACUAUCUGCGUGGCUACGGUCUUUUAGAAGAGACACAAACGCAGUGGAAAGCGGUCACCUUUUGUUUACUCGAGUCGCACACAGGCCGCAAGCAGAAUAUUUUUCCUGUGUUCACUGCCUUCGCUGAGAGGGGAACAGGGAGCCUCGGCUCUCCAGAGUGGCAAGUCUGUCCAGAUCUCGGAUCCUCGGCUUUCUUGUCACUCUCUCAUUCGAGUUCCUGCGGAGUCGCGUGCAGGCUGGCAAACGUCAGAGUUCCACACUGCGGGGACGGGCUGUCUGGACACACACCCUGGUGAGGAUCAGUGCCACCGGAAGAGUCGGCGGCAUCCUCGCUGCGCUCGUUCCUCCUCAGCGUUUGACAGCUCUCUCGGGGAAUCCGUCCGACAGUAUUUUGCUUCUGUGCAUGUGUGCGGAACGUCUUGUCGCGAGUGCUCGCGAGAGACGGCAGGAUUGGCUACUAGGCCGCGAAACGCGUUUUCCUGAAAGCAAGCGAAGAACGCUUCGCCGGCUUCAGCAGCCACAAACACAUGCGUGCACGCUGCGUUUAAACUCCUGAGAGUCACUCACGAAUUG